UACGUUCAGAUGAACGCGCGGUGCCGCGCGGUUUGCUCAGCGCGCGGUUCAAGAUCGUAACAAAUGUAUGUUGCUGUACACAUGAGCGCGCGGCGCCGCGCGGCACCGCGCGCACCGCCGUGUACCGCGCGCAAGUUCUUGUCCCGCGCGGCGCCGCGCGGGACACGAACUACAGUCCUGUCUCGACCUGUUCAGAUGACCCGCGCGGUUUGAGGCGGUUGGACGCACGGAGCGACGUACAAAAUGGAGGAGGAAAUAUGUCUCGAUUUACUUAUUGACGAAAUUGAAAAAAGAGAUGCGAUUUGGAAUCUUAAUUCGAAGCAAUAUUCUAAUAAAAUAAUAAAGAGAAGGUCAUGGGAAGAAUUAGUUUUAAUAUUUUGCAACCAUGAUGACUCGGAAGAGAAAAAGAAAAACUUGGGUAAGUUAAAAUUUUAUUUUAUUUCUAAGUACAUACUAAAUCAUAUUUUCUUGCCAAUCAAAAAGUGGAAGAAUCUGCGAGAUAGUUAUGUAAAAGAAAUAAAAAAAACAAAAUUGAAAUCUGGUUCGUCAGCAUCAACGACAUCUACGUUUGCCUAUUUGCAAAGAUUGUCAUUUCUUAAACCAGUAUUAAAUAAAAAAAUAACUGAUAAUAGCUUAGACAAUGAGGAAACACCAGUAAACGUUGAAUUAAAUAGCAUGAACAAUAGUGCAUCUCCGACAGAAAAGGUGCCACGGAAGAAAUACAAACUUCAUCCAGCUGACGAGCAUUUUGCAAACAUUAUAGAAAAAAGUUUAAAUAGAAAGAAUGAAGAAGAAAGGAAAGAAGAUGAUGAAGAUAAACUGUUUUGUCUUUCAUUAGUUAAGGAGAUCAAAAAAGUUCCUGAUCAUAAGCGUUUAAAAUUAAAAAUUGAAAUGUAUAAUUUAUUAGAACGUUACCAGUCUGGCCAACCGGUUGAAAACUACCAGUCUGUUACUCAUGCCUCUAUUCCUCAAACCCAUUCAACUUCAGGUGUCUCACAACAAUAUAAUAAUAAGCCGGAACGACACUUCAGGAGCUAUUCAUUAAACACUGGUUCUCAAUAUACUGACACGUUGAGGUUCUCUGCCCCAGGAUCUUCGAGACAAUAUGGCUAUAGCACUGCUUCUUACAUUUCACCUGCCUCAAAUGAAUCACAAGCAACAAGAUGUUAA